ACCUAGAGAUACAAAAGAACUUUGCUUGACGUUAAAUAUAUUUAAACAAUUAUUAAUGUUAGUAAUGAGUACCCAAUAGAGAUAUAAUAAUACAUAUUCUAGUUUACCUUUUCAAAUUUAAUAUAACUUUAAAUAUAACCUUACUAUCCUAAAAGCACUUAACCAUCUACUAUUUUGCUGAAAGGAGAUUUCUCUUUUGAAAAUUUUUACUCUAUCUACUUUACUAAUGUUAUUCUUAUGUACAAUGUUACUGAAGAUGCUAAUUGCUCUUUAACAUUUUAUUCUGUGUAUCAAUAAGUUGUGUUAAAUAAUAUUAAAAUUUAAAACACUAAUUAAAAUAGCGAUACAGAUUACUGUAAUAAGAUAAACUUAGUAAAUUCUUAUCUUCUGAUCUAAAAUAUAACUUUAGAUUCUAAACAUUUUAAAAAUUAAACUUAUAUAACAUC